CAGCGGAAUCGCUAUAAUCUCAAACCACGAACAAUGCGCAUUCUUCAUUGUUCGUUCAAUUGAGUUACGUGGUCUAGUAGCUCUAGGUAAUUUCGUACACAAAAAUAGAGAUCCAAAUGAAUCACAAAAAGAAGCCAAGGAUUCGGAAUCGUCCAAGGAAUAAGUGUAACAAUAAAGUGCAGGAGGAUGAUGCUCCAGGAGAAACUCCAGAUGAAACUUCGGGGGGAAGACCCCCUAAAAGUGAUCUCUCUGCUCAAUCUACAACUGUUUCCAACCAGUUAGAGACUCCCCCAAAAAGUGCUCUCUCCCAGUUGAAAACUCCUCCAAAAAGUGUUUCCUCCCAACCAGAAACCUCCAAGGAAAACGAAACCAUUAAAUUUAUACAACAAUUGUUGCGUAGAAAAUUGUUGGCCAAAAAUAAUGCAAAUUCAGUUAAAGAACCAGAAGACACAGUGAGCAUUAAUCAACCCACCGUAGUAAAGCCAUCCAAGGAAGCCAAAACUGAAGAAAAGAAAUCAAAGAAGAAUUCUCCAGAGCCCAUUAAGAAGACACAAACCACAACAGCAACAGCACCCGGCAAAUCUUCAAGAGAAGUCAAAGCAGAUGAAGUGGACGAGCUGCUCAAGUGCUUGGGCAGCAAAUUGCAAAAGGGAUCGGGUGAAUCUCCCGCUGCGGCGCUAUUUAGCAACCUUGGAAAGCUUUUUAGCCAGGCGCCGCCCAGCGAUGUGGAGUCCUCAGAUGAUGAGGCCGAGUACAUUGAGUACAUAUACAAGCCCAGGCAAUAUUUUAUGGCCUCCUUAUGCAAUUUUUGCAAAGCGGAUUUGUGUGGCCAAAAUCGAAUGCCCUGUUCCCGCUGCGGUCUUAGCUACUACUGCAGUGGCGGCCACAUGAGGGAAGACCAGGAGCACCGCCAGCUCUGCUAUGCACUGCGUCAAACUGUGGACCACAAAGGUCACGAAAUGUUCUACAAGUGCGGUGACUUUAGUGCCGAGCAGUUCCGUUCUUACCGAAUUGUGUGCAUCCGGCAGGUGGAGAAGGAAAUGAAUCGCCCACUCUCGGCCACGGAACAGGAACUGCUGCUUUUCCCACUCAUUUGCAGCGAAUCCAAGUGCCGGGAGCAUCGUCUGAAGCGUCUGUCCAUCUGCGGUGGCUGUGGCGAAGUGGCUUUUUGCAAGGAUAAGCCAGAGCAUCUUAGCAAGGAGCACACCAAGUGGUGUGGUUCCUAUCGCCUUUUCAAAGCCUUUGUCAUGUUCCAGGCAAAGUUUGGCAGGAUGGAGCCAUCGCUGCCGAAUAAGGUAUUGAAAGAACUGCCCAUGGCCUGCUCUAAUACCAGACAGGUGAUGAAGAAGCUGAAUUUCAAUGUUACCAAUGAGUGCGAGUAUGCGGCUCUUACCCAGGUUUCCACAGGACCCUUGACUGCCUGGUUUGCCCUGAAGCUCUGCGAGCGUCUGAGGGACUGCGAGCAGCUUACUCUUCAUUUAAUUGGCGCCGAAAUCGAAUUUGAGGUGGAUAUCCUGCAAAAGUGGGAGCUUUUCCUGCUGCACCUAAUGCCAGCAGUGAAAACCCUGAAUGUGGUGUUUAUAGGACCUGAACUCAAUCCCAAUAACAUUUCCUUUGAGCAGCUGAAGAAAAUCAAAUGUUGUCUCUCUUGCCGAAAGGCCAAAAGGACGGUUAAUUAUCACUUUGAGAAUCGUUUGUAUCAUGAUUACUGCAAGCAGUCGGAGUUUCUUCAACCAAAUUUAAUUUGCUUUUUCAACUCGGGUCUUUAUCGAUCCACUGGCUUUGGUUUUGAGGAUACCUGGCCAGAUACGAUUCAGGCUUCUCUAAACCUCAAAUGCCCUGUGGUGGUCACUUCCUAUACGAAAUAUGAGGCUCCCUUGGAUCUGGUGCAUUUUGUUAAUCAAUCGAAUCGGCAUAUUAACGUUGUCCUGCCACCCACAACAAAUCCAUUUUCUUCGGAAAAGCCAGAACGCAAUUUUAUAUCGGACAACGAAGCGCCAUUUAUGUUCAAGAACUUUUAUUGUUUUGUUGUUGAGUGAGUUCUUGAAAAAGACACAUUAUUUUUUGAUUGAGAAAUA